UUCUUUCGAUUUGUAAACGGCGCGCGUCGUAUUUUUCAUAUGUUGCAAAUUUCAAUCCCAAAUAUCCUUUCGAUUUAAUUAUUUAGAUUAAGUAAAAUAUUUAUAGCCUUGAAAGUAGUUUACAGAGGCUUUAUCGAAAAACAUUUUGCCGAGCGAACAAACAAGGGUCCAAAAGUUCCAGUCAUGGCGGAUCCCAGUCCGUACACAAUGAUGACCUGUCCGUACAAUCCAGCACAUCAAGUUGAGAAAUAUAAAUUACAAACGCAUUUACAAAAGUGUGCAAAGCAGUACUUCAAGGGUAAAAAAGUCAACUGCCCUUUUGAUGCAACACAUGUUGUGAACGAACCAGAGUUGGAUCACCAUAUAACAGUGUGUCCAAAACGUUUUAUGCUGGACACUCAGUUAUACGUAACUGAUGAUGACUAUAGACCGACUGUUGGUCUUGCUGCACCGGCCCCUGUUGUACCUACGGAGGAAAAUUGGGAUGAUGAUUGUUGCGUGUCAUAUAAUCCGGAGCUCCAUAAGAAACCACCUCAUGUGAUAACCAAGCCAAAAGGUGCAGUUCCAUCGGAGCGUAGAAAGAAACGUAUGGAAGGUGUUAAAAAUUAUCAGCCACCACAAAUUUAGUCACUUAAUACUUGUAGUCAUCCUUUUUUCUCUUUCUGUUGUUCUCUUUAAAAAGAAAGAGAUGAAAAUAUGACUAAUACUUUCACCGCAGUGUAAUUUUAUGUAGGUAAUAAAUAUGUGAUCCUUUGGGCAAAAGUGUCAUGUUAGUUCCCACUGCCUGUGACAAGAUUCUUUUACUGUAGCUGUCUUGUGCCAUUUUGUUAAUAUUGAAUUUCAUCAGCUCACUGUAUGUAUGAGGGUC